AUGGGCAUGCGCAGUGCCAUUGCAACGCUGGACCCUGCUGUCACGCAUCGCAGCACCAUUUCUCUACGACACAAGACACUAAACCACUGCAGUGUAACCAGAAGUUGUACGUUCGUCAAGAUGGAUGUGUCCAAGCUUCCAAAAAUCAGGGAUGAAGAACGGGAGAGCCAGUUUGGCUAUGUCCAUGGAGUGUCUGGACCAGUGGUGACAGCUACAGCCAUGGCCGGCGCAGCUAUGUAUGAACUGGUUCGUGUGGGACACAGUGAGCUGGUUGGGGAGAUCAUCAGACUGGAGGGUGAUAUGGCCACCAUUCAAGUCUAUGAGGAGACCUCUGGCGUUUCGGUUGGAGACCCUGUUUUGCGAACAGGAAAGCCUUUGUCCGUUGAGCUAGGGCCAGGAAUUAUGGGCUCUAUUUUUGAUGGUAUCCAGCGACCACUGAAGGAUAUUAAUGAUAUAACACAAAGCAUCUACAUCCCCAGAGGUGUCAACAUUGGCGCCCUCAACCGAGAUAUAAAAUGGGAAUUCUCUCCGAGUAAAAGUUUAAGGGUUGGCAGUCACAUUACUGGAGGCGACAUCUAUGGUCUUGUUUUCGAGAACUCUCUUAUCAAGCACAAGAUUAUGCUUCCUCCUAAAAACAGAGGCACCGUCACUUAUGUGGCACCUCCAGGAAACUACGAUGUCAGCGAUGUGGUCAUGGAGUUGGAGUUUGAAGGGGUCAAAGAAAAGUUUACCAUGGUUCAGGUAUGGCCUGUUCGACAAGUGCGCCCGGUCACGGAGAAACUUCCUGCAAAUCAUCCAUUGCUGACUGGACAGAGGGUUCUCGACGCUCUCUUUCCAUGUGUACAAGGUGGAACCACAGCUAUUCCAGGAGCCUUUGGAUGUGGUAAAACUGUCAUUUCCCAGUCUUUGUCCAAGUACUCAAACAGCGAUGUCAUCGUCUAUGUGGGAUGUGGAGAGCGUGGAAAUGAAAUGUCUGAAGUGUUACGAGACUUCCCUGAGUUGACCAUGGAAGUGGACGGGAAGACGGAGAGCAUCAUGAAGAGAACAGCACUAGUAGCGAAUACCUCCAACAUGCCUGUAGCUGCCCGAGAAGCUUCCAUCUACACGGGUAUCACCCUUUCUGAGUACUUCAGAGACAUGGGAUACAAUGUGAGCAUGAUGGCUGACUCGACUUCCCGUUGGGCUGAGGCUCUCAGGGAAAUUUCUGGACGUUUGGCUGAGAUGCCGGCUGACAGUGGUUAUCCCGCUUAUCUCGGAGCUCGUCUAGCCUCCUUCUAUGAGCGAGCUGGAAGAGUUAAAUGUUUGGGUAACCCUGAGAGAGAGGGCAGUGUUAGUAUUGUUGGAGCUGUGUCUCCUCCUGGCGGUGACUUCUCUGACCCUGUUACCUCAGCUACACUUGGUAUUGUUCAGGUGUUCUGGGGAUUGGAUAAGAAGCUGGCUCAGAGGAAACACUUCCCAUCUGUAAAUUGGCUUAUUAGCUACAGUAAAUACACUCGGGCUUUGGAUGAAUACUAUGACAAACACUUCCCAGAGUUUGUGCCUCUUCGUACAAAGUCUAAAGAGAUUUUACAGGAGGAAGAGGAUCUGGCUGAGAUUGUGCAGCUUGUUGGGAAGGCAUCUCUGGCAGAAUCAGACAAGAUUACUCUGGAAGUCGCUAAACUUAUCAAAGAUGAUUUCUUGCAGCAGAAUGGUUACACUCCUUAUGACAGGUUCUGUCCUUUCUAUAAAACGGUAGGAAUUCUGUCCAACAUGAUUGCUUUCUAUGACAUGGCACGACAUGCAGUGGAAACCACAGCUCAGAGUGACAACAAGAUCACCUGGGCCAUGAUCAAAGAGCACAUGGGUGAAAUCCUCUAUAAGAUCAGCUCCAUGAAAUUCAAGGACCCAGUGAAGGAUGGCGAGGUGAAAAUCAAGGCAGAGUACGCUCAGCUGCUGGAGGACAUGCAGAACGCCUUCCGCACUUUGGAGGAGUAG